GCGCCAUCUUCAUGUCUACAAGUGCGUCAACCAGGAAGCGAGUAGCAGAGGAAAACAGCAUGAUGCUGGAAAUCAGAAUGAAAAGAGUGAUGUAGUAGGGAUUUGAACACAACACAAAUUCUGCUCAAUUUUUGCAAAUAUUUUUUGUUUCUUUGUAAGCUAUACAUGAUGAAAAUAUGAGUAGCGCUGAAAACGGAGAAUGUGCCCAGGCCUCCACGGCAGGAAGCAUCUCGGUACACAACUUCAGCGAGAGGCUGAUGGAGCAGGUCAUUCACUUUCAUGUUAUGAAACUGGAUGGUGGUUUCUUUCUCUGGGUGGGAACGGCACCUGUCCUCUCCAACCUCGCCGUCUCCAUGAGCAGCAGAUUUGACAACGCCUCACCUCUGUCCAGUCUGGUGAUGGGGGACCCCUCAGACCCUGCACCCAGCACACUCGCACAAAGACUCACUAAGCGCACUAAGAAGCAGGUGUUUGUGAGCUUCAACCUGCCCGGCUGCCCGGCUCAACUCUCCCUUCUGGUGGAGGAACGAAUCAAGAAGGAACUCGAACUUCAUCCUGACAAGUUUUAGAUCAAGUUACCGCACUGUCUUUUUCUCCCCUUGCUUUGUACCAUUUUAUACAGAUGCAAAAAUACUCAAUAAAAACUCAAAUAAAUAAAUAAAUAAAACUCAGACAAUUUUUUUCCAAGAAACCCUGA